GCGGGGAGGGGCGGCGGCGGCGGCCCGGGCCCGGGCGGCGACCCGCCGAGGCUGGGAGAGCGAGAAAAAGACCGACGGCGCGACGGGGGAGGCAGGAAGCAGAUAAGCAGAGAGAGCGAGGGAGAGAGCGGGGACCUGGGGGACAGAGAGGGGAGACGGAGCCUGUGCGCGGGGAGACCAAGUCCCAGAGAGGGAGAGACAGGCAGGAAGUGGAGGCGGGAGGGCAGAGCCGGGCUCGGCCACCGCGUGUGCCACUGUUUACGGGCGGUUGCUGAGGUCUGGGAAACUAGUCCGCGCGGGUGCCUGCUCCUCUGUUCUCUGCCCCCCAUACCCGCCCUCGGGGCAUCCCAGCCUAGAAAAACGAGGACCGGGAGGUGGAAAGACCCCAGCCUCAAGGAGGCGGAGCACAGCCAGGGUGAGAGGGUCACGGCCCCGCGGGGCCACCCAGCUGGCCCGGUCCUGGAUCCAAGCUUUCACAGUGGUUUCGCUUCCAUUCUUUUAGGAGGGGAGUGCCGGGUCGGGCAGGAUGGCACUGGGGACCGGAAGACUAAGGUGGGGAGGAGGAGGGAGAUACACGGGGGGGGGGGGCCCUCCUCCCUCCCCCCACAUGCACCACACUUCCACCGAGAGACUGAAGCCUGGAGCAGGGUCUGGUGGGGCAGCAGUCCCAGACUCUUUGCGCCGCCUGGUGGGCACAAGGAAGAAAGACAAGAGCAAGUGACCCCGAAGAGAAGAGAAGGAAACUUGGAUAGGGGCAAUUGCUGCUAUCACUGGGGGUUUCCCCCUCCAGGGUGCUGGGCUGGGCCUGAGUCACUUCCCAGGCUGCACUCUGGGAAAGGCUGCGCAGGACCCACGGUCACAAGUGACAGGCUCAGGCUGCAGUGCCCGCUCUCUCCAGGCCUUCCCAGAGCAUCUGGACCGGAAGGGGAUGCAGAGACCUUCAGUCUGCCUCUUGGUCUACAGAUGGGGAAACUGAGCCCAGGAAAAGCAAAAGGCUCAGAUUCUUCCUUUGGAUAAGGAGACGACUGGGCAGCUGAACCCAGAGGCUCCUUCCUGGGUUGCGCCUCCAGAGCCCUGAGGAAUCUCAUUUUGAAAUACUCAUGGCGGAGGAGGGGGCCGUCCUCACCAGGAACCUGCAAGCUGCCGUCUUGGCCGUCCUCCAGGGCUACGGGGGCCGGCAGCAGCCGGUGACAGAUGCCAAUGCUGAGCUGCACAGACUCUGCGGCUGCCUGGAGCUGCUGCUGCAGUUUGACCAGAAAGAGCAGAAGAGCUUCCUGAGGCCUCGGAAGGAUUACUGGGACUUCCUCUGCACCGCCCUGUGGCGCCAGCGGGGUAGCACCGAGCCGGCCCGCUUCGUCCGUGCACAGGACAAGCUGAAGACUCCUCUGGCCAAAGGCCGCGCCUUCAUUCGCUUCUGCCUAGCCCACGGACAGCUGGCCGAGUCCCUGCAGCUCUGCCUCCUGAGCCCACAGUUCACCAGGGAAUGGUACGGCCCCCGGAGCCCUCUGGUGUGCCCCGAACUCCGGGAAGGCCUCCUGGACUCUCUCUACACUCUCAACGGGGUAGCCUUUGACCUGGACCUGCAGUGGCCAGACCUAGAUGAAGCCUGGCCCAUGUUCUCCGAGUCCUGUCGCUCCAGUGCCAGCCAGACCCAGGGAAGAAGACCCAGAAAGACCAAAAACUCUCCAAAGCAGGUCUCAGCCACACGUGGAAACCCCACAGGAGUCCGGCCAGAGACGCCGCAUGCUAGCCCAGCUGGCUGUCUGCGAGAUGCGCCCAGGGAAGAUGAGUUAGCUGGACUCCCGAGGUCCCAGCAACACAGGCAGCUUCCUCCCUUCGUGGAAAAGAAGAGAGAAGAUCCCAGGAGCCUCGGGCCCCCCCAGAGCAUGUGGGAGCCAGCGGGGGAGGAGCUUCAGCAAGCCCAGGAGAAAGGAGCCCCAAGAACUGGGAUCUGCCUGGAGAACUCACUCAGCCACCAGGGACAGGGGAAGUGCGCCAAUGGAGCUCCGAAGGAGGUGAUAGGGACAGAGGCUGAGGGCAGAGGGGUUCUGCCGGGUACAGAGGGGACUCACAAAGGGGGAGCAGAGUGGGGUCAGGUCCACAGGCUGCCGGCCUCCAGCCCCAUAGGGACAAUAGAGGACAGGAUAUCAGGGAGCCCGCAGGAGUGGGAGGUGCUUAGCAUUCUGGGGGAGCCCCAGGUCCUACAGGACCUGGGAACAAAGGAAGACUCCACCCCAGAGAGACCACAAGAGGAAAGAGGAGUGACCGGUGUGACCAGGAGAAAGGAGCCGGCAGAGGUGGCCUUGCAGGCUGUGGUCAAGAGCCUGAGACAUGAGCUCCGGAAGACCAAGGAGCAGGCCCAGCACCAGGAGCAGCUGCUGAAGGAGCAGGAAGGGGAGCUGAGGACACUGCAGGAGCAGCUCAGCAGGUGUCGGGAAGAGAGGGCCCGGCUGCAGGCAGAGCUGGAGCGGAAGCAGCAGGAGGCCGAGAGCAGGGCCGCCGUGUACGAGGAGGAGCUUGGAGGGCAGCGGGACCUGGUCCGUGCCGUGAAGAUGAGGGUGCUGGAGCUGAUCCAAGAGAAGGAUGACCUGUGGCAGAAAGCCCAGUAUCUGUCUUCCAUGGCCCCCGGAUGCUGUGUGGACUGCAGCAAGAUCUUUGGCCGGCUGUCUCGGCGGUACCCAUGCAGGCUCUGCGGAGGCCUGGUUUGCCACGCCUGCUCUGUGGAUUACAAGAAGAGAGAGCGCCGCUGCCCGCCCUGCUCCCAGAAGGGAGAUGCUCAAUCCAACUGAUGGGAUCACCUGGGUCGGACCACCCACCGCCCCCCGCAGCCAGCUUCCUCCCUUCCGCCCUUCCCACUCCUGUGGUCUGACCAGUCCUGCCUUCUAGAAGUUGGUGAUCUAAGGUGGACAGCACUUGGGUGCACAUUCUGCAGUGUGGAGAGCAGAAGCAGCCGGCUGGCUGGCAGGAGACAGGAGGCCGGUUGGAGCCCUGCAUCCCCCACCCAUGAGCGGGGCGGCUUGAGAAAGCUCCCAGCUGUCCGGGCUUCCGUCAGGAAGGGCGCCAGGCACCAUCCUCCCUAAAGGCCCUCCAGGCUCAGAACAUCCUGGGCCAAGAAGAAGACCCAAGGGCCCUGACAUUUCCCCGCACCCCCACCUCACCCAGCCCACCAUUCACCACACUUGGGAGCAUCCUGUCUGGAGUUGGCUUUGAAGGUCUACUUUUGCUGUUUCCUUUUUAACAGCUUUCUUGAGGUCCUAAUGACAUUUACCACACUUCGCAUAAAUCGUGCAAUUGGAUGAGUUUGACUUUAAUGUACACCCAUGAAACCAUCACUAUAUUCACAAUAAUGAACACAGCCAUCAUCCCCAGAGUCUCUUCAUGCCCCUUGUAACCUCCCCCCUCCUCCUCCCAAGGCAACCCCUUAUCUGCUUUCUACCCCUUAGACACUAGUUUUCCGGAAUUUUAUAUAAACGGAAUCAUAGAGUACGCACUCUGUAUUGUCUGCCUUCUUUCACGAAGCGGACUUAUUUUGGGGUUCACGCAUGUUGGUGGACAUAUCGACAGUCCCUGUUUGCCAUUAAGUAGAACUCCACGGCAUGGAGAGACCACACUUUUGUUUGCACCCUCAGCUGUUGCCAGACAUUGGGAUUGUUUCCAGUUUGAGGCUGUGACGUGUACAUUUCCUAUGAUCAGCUGUGUACAAGUCUUUGUACAGACAUUUACUUUUAUAUCUCUUGGAGAAAUGCCUAGGAAUGAAAUGGCCAGGUCCUAUGAUAGGCACAUGUGUAACUUUUGAGAAACCGCUGAGUUGUUUCCCAAAGAAGUUGUGCGUGGUCCCCUCCCACCAGCAGUGUUUGGGAGUCCCUGAUGCUCCCCAGAGCACAGACAUGGGGCUUGGGCCUCUCUCUCCUUUCCUUCCACAACCACUGUGGUGACUUGGUGUGUCCCAAGUGGUGAGUGCCCGGGGGGAGGGGCCGAGACCAGCCGACUCUC